UUUCACCAACCACGGUUAGAUUAACCGACGGUUAAAGUUAGCAGGGUGACCAACAGACACAUAUUUUCUCGUAACCUCUUGGCUCUAACCUGAAAUUUGUGGGAAGCAAUAAACAGUGUAUUAUACAUGUGAAAAAAAGUUUAAAAGAUUAAAACAUGCAAAGGCAAAAGAAUUUUUCUGACGCAGAUAAAGAAUCUUUAUUAGAUUUAAUAUUUUUACAACGUGAUGUCAUUGAAAACAAAGAAACUGAUCGUUCAACACUUGUAAAAAAGGAUGAAGUAUGGGUUGAUAUUACCAACAAAUAUAAUGCAAACACAACAAUUAAAAGAUCAGAAAAAGCUUUACGUUACUGUUGGGAUAAUCUGAAAAAAGCAGCAAGAAAAUAUUGUGCAACUUUGAAGCGUGAAAGUUAUAAGACAGGUAAUAUUGGAAGUUUUAUAAACUCAUUUCUUAAUGCAGCAAUAGCAUUGGAUAUACGGUGAACAAUUCUCUGAGCACUUGAUAUACUAAUUCCACAGAAAUCUCCAAUAGUUUGCAAAAAGGAUCCUGUUGCAUAGAAUCGUAAUGCAACUAACAAUUGUGUAAUAGGUGGAAUAGCAUCAUUACUGUAAAAAUAACAGUAUUUAACAGU